AUGAACGAUCCCCUCCAGACACAAUUUCAGUAUUAUCAGCCAGGGGACCUCAUUGUUGGUGGGAUCACUUCUCAGUACCUCUCCAUGUCUGAGCAAGUAUCUUUUGAGGAACACCCCAAAACACAGAUAGUUGAUGAACCUAUUGCAAUGACAAAGAACUAUCAACAUGUCCUGUCCUUGGCAUUUGCAGUGAAAGAGAUCAACGAGAAUCCCAAAAUCUUGCCCAACCUCACCUUGGGGCUUCAUAUCUAUGACAGUCACUUUGAUGCAAGGAUAACUUAUCAAAACACCUUGAACCUUCUCUUUAGUCAAAAUAAGACUAUCCCCAACUAUGAAUGUGACACAAAGAGGAAUCCAGUAGCUGUCAUUGGGGGGCUUGGUUCUGAAACUUCCCUUCAGAUGGCCUCUCUUUUAGGCAUGUACAAGAUCCCACAGCUUCACCCUUUUCUAAGGAGCAUUGCAUUCAACAAUAGUGCCGGGGACAAGGUGUCUUUUAAUGAGAAUGGUGAAGUAGUAGCCGGAUUUGAUAUUGUAAAUUGGAUUGCUUCCCCAAACCAAUCCUUCAUGAGAGUGAAGAUAGGAAGGAUGGAUCCUGAAGCUCCAGAAGGCAGAGAGUUCUCCAUUAAUGAGACCAUAAUUACUUGGCACAGCAGAUUUAACCAGGUUGUGCCCCGUGCUGUGUGCAAUGAAAACUGCCAUCCAGGGUACAGCAAAGAAAAGAAAGAAGGCAUGCCAUUUUGCUGCUAUGAUUGUACUAAAUGUCCAAGAGGGAAGAUUUCAAACCAUAAAGAUAUGAAUGCUUGUUUCCAAUGCCCAGAUGCUCAGUUUUCAAACAAGGACCAAAAUGGAUGCCUUCCAAAGGGUCUCAACUUCCUCUCUUAUGAUGAGCCUUUGGGUGUCAUUUUAGCACUUCUGGCUCUGUUUCUUUCUCUGACCACAGCUGUGGUUCUAGGAAUUUUCAUCAAGCACUGGAAUACGCCUAUUGUCAAAGCCAACAAUAGGAACCUCUCCUAUUCUCUUCUUCUUGCCCUCUUGCUCUGCUUCCUCUGCUCCUUACUAUUCAUUGGCCAGCCUCAACUACUCACUUGCUGUCUACGUCAAACUGCUUUUGGUAUUGUCUUCUCAGUGGCUGUAUCUUCUGUAAUGGCCAAAACCAUCACUGUGGUUUUGGCUUUCAUGGCCACUAAACCAGGAUCCAAGAUGAGGAAAUGGUGGGGGAACUCUGUUGUUCUCUGCUGCUCCUUUACUCAAGCAAGUAUUUGCAUGGCAUGGUUAGGCACUGCCCCUCCUUUCCCAGAUGUUGACAUGCACUCAUUGGCUGAAGAAAUUAUAGUGGAAUGUAAUGAAGGAUCAACCCAGAUGUUUUAUUAUGUUCUGGGCUACAUGGGAUUUCUGGCUGUUGUCAGUUUUAUUAUGGCUUUCUUGGCAAGAAAACUGCCUGACACUUUCAACGAAGCCAAAUUCAUUACCUUCAGCAUGUUGAUCUUUUUCAGUGUUUGGCUGUCCUUUGUCCCAACCUAUCUGAGCACCAAAGGUAAAUACAUGGUGGCUGUGGAGAUCUUCUCCAUCUUGGCCUCCAGUGCUGGGCUCCUGGGCUGCAUAUUUUCUCCAAAAUGUUACAUAAUUAUCCUAAGGCCUGAACUAAAUAAUAAGGAGCAGCUAAUUAGACGGAAUUGCUAG